AUGCCUUUCAGAUAUCCCUCACCCCACUCACAACCACUACCUGCUUACGAACCUAUUCCCCCAUACACCUAUCGACGCUACGCACACGCACAAUCCUGCCGCAAAUCUUGGAAUCGCAAAAUGCUGGUGCUCCUCCCCGCCUUCCUGCUCCUUUUCGACCAAACCGAGGCUCAAACUAUGCAGAGCAAAUGCUACAGCUGUGCGACGCCGAAUUUGAAAAAUAAUUUUCUCACAACCGAACGCGGUCCCGGCCCAAAAAUCGCCGAGCCGCGCAUCUACGACUCGUACUGCGGUGGGGAUACGUGGAUUCUCAAGGAGCGCGCCACGGUGAAUUGUGAUGGCUAUUGCUUCAAAUGGACACAAACCCUCAACAAUUCCGGCACGUUUUCGUCAAUGACCUUCCGCGGUUGCUACCGGCAAAUGUUCGACCUCAACAAUCAGAAUGUACCCCGAGAACCGACGCACAGCUUUUGCACCUUUUCCGAGAAACCCGUGCCGUGCCUAUCCGAUUCGUCGGUCGUCGAAAGCUCAUGCUGGUGCCAGGGCGAUCAUUGUAAUGUCACAACCACGCCCACGCUCAAUUUAUUUAUUCUCAUUGUCACGUUGAUAACCUCUUUCUAUUUUGGAAAAUUG